ACACACCCUCUCUCUCUCACACACUCACACACACCCAGAGACACACACACACACCCAGAGACACACGCAGGCACCCACCAGAGACACGCACAGACAGAGACCCACACUCCGGCACUCACCCCCCCAGUGGAGAUCCAAGAUGAGAGGUCCGGGCUGCGGGCUGCUGGCGCUGCUCCUGCUGGGGGCCGCCGCCUCCUCCUCGGCCGAGGGGGACGGCAAGGGGGGCGGCAAGGAAGGCGAGACCCCCGGCAAUUUCAUGGAGGACGAGCAAUGGCUGUCGUCCAUCUCCCAGUACAGCGGCAAGAUCAAGCACUGGAACCGCUUCCGAGAUGAAGUGGAGGAUGACUACAUCAAGAGCUGGGAAGAUAACCAGCAAGGAGAUGAAGCUCUGGACACUACCAAAGACCCCUGCCAGAACGUGAAGUGCAGCCGACACAAGGUCUGCAUCGCUCAGGGCUACCAGAGAGCCAUGUGUAUCAGCCGCAAGAAGCUGGAGCACAGGAUCAAGCAGCCAGCCCUGAAACUCCAUGGAAACAGAGAGAGCUUCUGCAAGCCUUGUCACAUGACCCAGCUGGCCUCUGUCUGCGGCUCGGACGGACACACUUACAGCUCCGUGUGCAAACUGGAGCAGCAGGCCUGUCUGACCAGCAAGCAGCUGACAGUCAAGUGUGAAGGCCAGUGCCCGUGCCCCACCGAUCAUGUUCCAGCCUCCACCGCUGAUGGAAAACAAGAGACCUGCACCGGCCAGGACCUGGCAGACCUGGGAGAUCGGCUCCGGGACUGGUUCCAGCUCCUUCACGAGAAUUCCAAGCAGAACAGUUCAGCCGCCCCGCUGGUCCGGCCGGCCAAUGGGCUGGAGAAGGGCCUGGGGGCCAGCUGCAAGGACUCUAUUGGCUGGAUGUUCGCCAAGCUGGACACCAGCAGCGACCUGUUCCUGGAUCAGGCGGAAUUGGCCGCCAUCAACCUGGACAAGUACGAGGUCUGCAUCCGGCCCUUCUUCAACUCCUGCGACACCUACAAGGACGGCCGCGUCUCCACCGCCGAGUGGUGCUUCUGCUUCUGGAGAGAGAAGCCCCCCUGUCUGGCUGAGCUGGAACGGAUCCAGAUACAGGAGGCAGCCAAGAAGAAACCUGGAAUCUUCAUCCCGAGCUGCGACGAGGAUGGCUACUAUCGAAAGAUGCAGUGCAACCAGAGCAGCGGGGAGUGCUGGUGUGUGGACCAGCUGGGCAUGGAGCUGACAGGAACCCGAGUACACGGGAACCCAGACUGUGACGACCUGGUUGGGUUCUCGGGAGAUUUUGGGAGCGGAGUCGGCUGGGAGGAUGAAGAAGAGAAGGAGGCCGAGGAGGCGGGCGAGGAGGCCGAGGAGGAGGAGGGCGAGGCCGGCGAGGCCGACGACGGCGGUUACAUCUGGUAGAGGUGCUCCGAGAGCCGAGCAGGGCUGGGGUGCUGACAGCCUGGUGGGGGGGAGGCAGCGGUGACCCGGAAGGAGCUGGGAGGCUUAGCGGGAUGAUCAGGAAACACGGACGACUGUAACUUUACUCCAGCGGGAAAGACGAGCGUGUGUGUGUGAGCGUUUGUGGGUGUGAGCCUGAGUGUGAGCAAGUGCGGAUGAGUGGCCGUGAGCUUGAGCAUGGACGAGUGAGUGAGCAUGUGCGGGUGUGUGAGUAUGAGCAAGUGCGGGUGUGUGCUUAUGAGUAUGAGCCAUGAGGUGGAUACGAGUGUUUGACCAGUGUCUACCGGAGCCAAGGCGAGAAUGGAGCUGGGGGGAAACAGAACAAACAGAAGCUGUGUGCUUCCUUGGCUCAGUUUCUCUUUUUCUUAUUUUGGUUUGGAAUUUUAGUUUUUUUUCUCCGAGAUUCCUGCCCCUGGAUACGCCCCAGUUACAGAGUCAGGCCAAACAGAGUCACCGAUUUGUCACGCGGAACCAACCCGGGAAAACCUCCCAGAAGGGACCCGUGGGGGAGUCCCAUGGGGAUUUCUCACAACAGAACCCCCCAAUCUCGACUCUGCCCUGGGGCCCCUCUGGGCCUACCGGGCCCCGUAACCCAUAAGCAGGCAGGCAGGGAGGGAGGGAGAACCACCAUCCAGCACUUCGUCAGGAUUUAGGCUCCUGCGGUCCCUGAGCGGCAUUCUGCCAGGAAUUUCUUUGUCCGGAAGCCAGAGUCUCUCCCAUCUGAGAGAAGGCGGAAGGCGCCCGACCAGGCCCAAGGAUCUGUCCCGAGCUUCUUCUCGCCCUCGCCCCCCUCGGAGGAUUCAGGAGCUUUGGAGCCAGUAACCAUGCCAGGGAGAAGACAGAGCUGGCCAAAGUGUGGGGCUCCCUGGCAGGUCUUUCUGGAGCUUUCCUGGGUAGAGAUUUGCCCUCAGGGAAUAGGUGCUCACCUCUGCCUCCCCCAGCUCUCCCAGCCCUCUGACAGACUCAAAGACCAGUGGAAGUUUCGAGGGGAGGGGCAAGAGGUGGGUUUGCCCCACAGGGCCCCGGCUAAGCCUGGUCUAAGGGUCACUGACCCAGUCAGCUGCCUCCCGGCCCCCAGCCCCUUCCAGAAGCUCCCAUGUCGGUCCGCGAUCACAGCAGGGCGGGGACUACGGUCUGGGGAAGCUGGACCUGUGUUCUCUCUGGCAUUUUCCGCACUCCUUCCCCCUAACUCCACCCCACCUAAGCUCCCGAGCCCGAGUGAAGGUGUCGCUGUUCCCUUGCUGCUGGGCUGGUACAGGGCAGAUUGGCUGUAGGAGUCGGUGGUGGGUGAGAGGUGCCUGACUUUUACCUGGGCCUUGGCUGUGUGUGUGCGUGUGUGUGCGCGCGCGUGCGUAUGUGUGUCUGUGUGCGCAUGUGUGCAUGCCUGUGUGCAGUGAGACAGCAAGGGACAUGCACACUGUCUGUGCCUGUGUGUGCAGGGUGGGAGGCUCAAGGGGUUGGACAGGUGUCUGUGGGUAGGAUUGUACCCACCCACAAACUGUAACUGGAAGCUAGACUGUAAGUUAGGGCACGUGUCUGUUUAUUGUUGUAUUGUACUCUCCCAAGCGUUUAGUACAGUGCUCUGUGCACAUUAAGCGCUCAAUAAAUAAGAUUGAAUGGAUAAAUGAAUGAAUGAAUGAGCAGGAGAGGUGUUCCUGGCAGUGGGCCCGCCUGUAUGAUGAAGAUGGCCUCCUCUGGGUUUCCCGGAGCCAUCCAUACAGCUUGUGUUGAACUGAACUUCCCUGGGAGGCCCCGCCGGACUUCCCGUGACUCUCUGUGGGGAAUCCCCAGCCCUAUAGUCUCUUGCUUGCAGCGGGGUCCCUGCAAAUGGACGCCUACCCUCUGUAGCCCAGCUCUGCUCGGAUCCUGAACUCACGUCUUGUGGUUCUGGACCUUCCGCUUCCCUCCCCCGCCGACAUCUCUCCCCACCUCUGUCCUCCCAGCCAUUUUGUCCCAUCUCCCACCUGCCCCAAGGAACCUCAAUUGGAGUCCUAGGUGGAAGCUUGGGAGUCUUUCUUGUGUGAGCCUGGCCCGCUGAUGCCUGAUUUGAAGUUCCACAGGGCUAUGAGACUUGAAUUCUGCCUCCCAAGUUCCUCAUCUUCCCGCCUGAAUGGCUGCCCCUCAGGCUCCUGGGUUGGGGCCCUGGAGAUGCCUGUGGUUGAUGGGGGAGGGGUUCCCCCCCCACCACCACAGUCUCUGUUACUUGAAGUGACCAGCCACCACCACAAGCCUGCUCCUCACAGUCCAGGGAUCUUUUGGAUCAAUUGAUUUGGCCACCUCUUGCCCGGCUGCCUUAAACACUUCGAGGAGGCCCCAGAGCGUGUCCGAAAACAAAGACUGCCCAGAGGGCUCCCGGCUGGGGACUCCCACACAGGCGUUCCAAGCCCUGCUCUAAGGCCCUGAAGUUGAUCCCUACUCUUGCUCUCCUCUCUCUAGAGAGACCUGGGGCUGGAGGAAGGCAAGGAACUGCCCAGGAGUGCGAGGGGCACAGGCCGAGGGAUGCAGGCUUCAGUGUACAGACAUGAAGGGGAGCUGGCCAGACCCCUGCCUCUCCUGUCUGGGAGAUCGGGGAAACAGAGCCUUAGGGGAUGACCUCAGAAGUAGGAAAGAGAAGACCCUCAAACUUCCCACCCUGCAUGACAUCACCAGUGCCUGGUUGGGGGCCAGAGAGGAUCGGGUAAAGCUGCCUUCCCCAUGCCUCCUCUACUCACUUUAAACGGGCCACCCAACAACCCUCUCCCUACCCCGCAAGCCCUGGCAUUUUUCCUUUCCAGUUUCUCCUCCAGCCACUCCUUCCCCCACGGGACCGGAGAGGUGUCCAGUCUCCAGCCGUGGCCGGGAGAAAGUCGGAAAGACCCUUUCUGGUUGGGCAUUUGGGUUUCUGGUGACCAUGGUGAGGGAAGGGUGCGUGUGUGUUUGUGUGUGUGUGUGUGUGUGUGUGUGUGUGUGUGAGUGUGCAAGGGAGAGAGUCAAAGUGCAAAGCCUAAAGACGUCCCGAGAAGAGUGAGUUGCUUAUAGCCUGAAACAUAUUCAAACUGUCUUAUGUGCAAUAACUGAACUUAGAGUUAAGAAUCGUGUUCAAGUGCUUGGAUUUCAGUUUGUAUAUUUAAGUGCUAAAAUUGUAUCUCAGUAAUUUUAGAUGUUUAAAAAACUCCAUCGGAAACCAAGUGUUAGAAUGUGAGUGUGCAUCGGUGGGCACUACAGCUUCCUAUGGGUCACAGCCGUUCAGAGCCCCCUUCCCCCGACCCCCACCACCCCCUCCCCUCCCGUGUACCCUGUCUCCCCUGCCCUGCCGCAGUCCCCUCCCCUAUCCCUCUGGGAACACAGCCUCAUGUUGUCUGCAUUUGCCUAUGACUUAAGUAAGAAACCAAGUCCACACUGCAAGGAAACCCACUGUUAUUUUUUAAAAAAUGAAAAUAAAAAAAAUGUAUAAACUCA